AUGGGGGCUCAGGUGGCCAAGAGCGGCAGCGCAGACUGGGAGAGGAGGCACCGAUUGCCCCGAGAUCCGCAGAGGCGGCGGCUCUGGCAGAUCUUGAGCCGGAGACCCGGCUUCCUGCAGCCUCCCCGCGGGCCGGCGCAUCUCGGCGGCACCCAGACCCCUCGGCGCUUCGGCCGCGCCCGCAACCGCCCACGCUCGCCUGCGCCCGGCCGGGUGCCUGAGAUUCGGGGGAGACUAGGGGCGCACAAGGCGGAAAGCAGCAGGCCCGAGCGCACGGCGUGGGGGGCAGGCUCUCGGCGGCGGCCCCGCGCUGGCCUUUGCUGUCACCCCAACCGCAGGGCGCCCUGGCGCACGUUCGAGUUUGCAAAACGGCCGGAGAGCCUCGACGAGGAGCCCCGAAACCUGGAGAGCCUGAGCGGGGUGCCGGCCUACCGCGUUUUUACGCUCCGGGGAGAGCGCGCCACCCCUGCGCAGGCCAGGCGAUCCGGACCCCGCAGGACUGAUCCAGGCGAUGAAUGCGAGAUCUGUGGAUUUACUUGUCGGCAAAAGGCAUCCCUUAAUUGGCACAUGAAGAAGCAUGAUGCAGACUCCUUCUACCAGUUUUCUUGCAAUAUCUGUGGCAAAAAAUUUGAGAAGAAGGACAGCGUGGUGGCUCACAAAGCAAAAAGCCACCCUGAGGUGCUGAUUGCCGAAGCUCUGGCUGCCAAUGCAGGCGCCCUCAUCACCAGCACAGAUAUCUUGGGCACUAAUCCAGAGUCCCUGACACAACCUGCAGACGGUCAGGGUCUUCCUCUUCUUCCUGAGCCCUUGGGAAACUCCACCUCUGGAGAGUGCCUCCUGCUAGAAGCUGAACGGAUGUCAAAGUCAUACUGUAGUGGGAUGGAACGGGUGAGCCUGAUGGCUAAUGGGAAGAUCUUUGUGGGAAGUGGCAGCAGUGGGGGCACUGAAGGGCUGGUCAUGAACUCGGAUAUACUCGGUGCUACCACAGAGGUUCUGAUUGAAGAUUCAGACUCUACUGGACCUUAGAGGAAGGGAAGACUUUGGGCACUGGGACAGCUAAGACUUUGUAUUUAAA